GUAAGUAAUUCGUGUCGGUGCUUGGAGCUCCUUAAAGAAGAAUCUUACCUUUUUAACCAAAUUCAAUGGAUCAGCAAAAGAUUGCCGAUCUUGAURUUGAAGCAGGAGGUGAUUCAAGUGCACCUACUCUACCAAGCGUUGUCAAAGAACCGGAGCUUGUAACGAUCAUCGAAGACAAACCGCUCACAAAUGAACAACUCGAACAAGAGCAUGACCUACACGACUCGUAUGAGUCUUCUUGCUACGGACCAGGAGAACACACACCACUUCUUCGCUCAGGAGAAGUAGAAGCAAAUCGUAGUACCGAUUUUCUGAGCUUCACAACCAGCCAAGCAUCGUUGUUUAUACCCUCGGUGCAAUUCUCGCUUUACUCGAGCAGGGGACACGAAGGACACGCCACCAGUCCUUCUAUACUAAGUUCAUCUCGUCGUGGUUCUUUGGCAGGAAAGGAUAGCCGUAUUCAGAGCGUCAACAGCGUUCAUUCGACCAAAGGUAGAGGACAAAGCUAUUCAGCAUCAAUCUUGGCAAGAAUAUCCGAAGAUGGUCAAGCUUCGGCGGCGUUAGCUCUUUGGAACGUCAUAAACAUGAUYAACGGCAGUGGAGGACUACUCGGAACGCCCUACGCCAUUGCUCUUGGUGGAUUUCCCGCUUUGGUACUUGUGAUUUUCGUUGGAUUGAUGACUAACUUUACUGGAGUACUGCUGAUCGAUUGCCUGUACAAACUUUGCCCCAAAACCAAACUUCGUAAAAAAGUAAGGUCAAGCUAUGCUGAAAUAGGAGCCGCCUGCUGGGGUCCUGUUGGUGGUAAAAUAGUUGACUUCAUGACUGUCUCCAUGUGUUACUGCAUCACAGUGUUGUAUGUUAUGAUGUUAGGCAGUAGCAUGUUAGGUAUACUUAAGAAUGCAACUCAUGUAACCCUAACAGAAUGGUGCCUCAUUUGUACUUGUUUAGUUCUUCCAACAGUCUUCAUUAGGAAGCUUGAGAUACUAGCUUGGUUAAGUAUGCUUGCUGUCAUUUCCCUCCUGCUUUGUACAUUUAUAAUAAUAGGUUAUUGUUUAGGGGAGUGGAGGAGCUGGUCUAUUGAUAACAUACCUACAUUUGAUUCAGAGAAGUUCCCAAUAGCUAUAGGUAUCAUUGUAUUUAGUUUUUGUGGUCAUUCUGUAUUUCCAGGCAUUGAAGGUUCCAUGCGUAAACCCAAAAAGUUCAACAAAGUAUCAUACAUAGCUUUUAUAAUUGUCACAUUAGCAAAGUUUGCACUUGGUUUUGUGGCUUGUCUGCUUUAUGGCAGCAGGACCAAUCCAAUAAUUACACUCAACUUAGGGCUGGACCAAAAGAAUUCUGUCUUAAGUAUGAUAGCAAUAGUAUUAGUAAUUAUCAAUGUUUAUUUUUCAUAUCCUUUAAAUAUGUUUGUUGCCACAGAAACCCUUGAUAUCAUUGUACUGCCCAAACUUUCCUCCAGUUUUGCUAAGGGUGGGAAAUGUCAUAUUCCUUGGCUCCUUUUUACAAGAGCUGCUUUGGUCUUUAUUACAUUUGGCAUUGCUGUAGCUGUGCCAAACUUUGGUCUAUUAAUGGGGAUAUUUGGUAGUGUUUUGGGUGCAUGUAUAUCGUUUAUAUUCCCUUGCAUAUUUCACAUGCAACUUAAGUGGGGUAGUUUAAAGUGGUAUAACAAAGUAGCUGAGAUAGCGGUAGUUCUGUUUGGAAUUGUAGCAGGCUUCUUGGGCUUGGUUUACUCAUCUAUCGCCUUGAAGAAUUCAUGAUUUUCAUCAAAGUAACCUCUAAUACUCCAGUUUCGAAUUCUCCAAUGCUCUGUGUUAGCCUCAUUUGUGCGCAAAAUAUUCCUUAUUGUGAGUGUAGAAGUGUGAGAUUUCAAAUCAAAUUUAUUGUGUU